AUGGUGGAAGAAGUGUUUCGUGGACGCAACUGUCCAGUGGCGAACAGCACGCGAUGCUCUUUGAGCGUUGUUGCAAGGUGCUUCAAUGUUGUGUCCACGGAGGGGGACAGCUCACCGACUAGCCUGCCAACAACAACAACAGCAACAGUGGUGGCAACUGCAAGCACAGCGCCCAGCGAUGAUGAGGGCGAACAACAGCAGCAACAGCAGCAGCACAUGGGAGAGGAGGAGGAGGAGGAGGAGGAGGAGAGAAGGAAUAACCUGGCACUUUUGGCAACACGCGCAAGUGGAUUUGGCAAGGGUGCAGAAUACAGAGAAAACAAGCCACUGGCAGUGGCACAAACAAGGAUGCAUGCUGACAGCAGAACAGCAGCAACCGUGAAGACAACUGCGCAGUGUCACGACACCUCUUUCCUGCACUCCGUGCACGGCCACACCUCACUUCCCUUUCCUUCAUCGUUAUCAUCAUGGACGGCAACCUUUCUUCGCGCUGCACUGGCUUGGCAGUAA